AUGACUGCUCAAGACAUCAUUCAACUCUUCUGUGAACUUAUUGCUGUGCGCCUUCCAAUGAUUCAAUCACAAAGGGAAUGUCCCCUUGAUUUGAAGGAGGCAAUAUCUAGUGUAUGUUUUGCUACACCAAGAUGCUCUGAUCUGCCAGAGUUGUUGCAGGUUCAGUUGCUAUUUGCUUCCAAAUACGGAAAGGAAUUUGUAUCUGCAGCAACUGAGCUCACCCCUGACUGCAGUGUUAAUCGCCAGUUAAUAGAGCUGUUGUCAGUUCAAGCUCCUACACAGGAAAAGAAACUGAACCUUCUAAAAGAAAUUGCUGUUGAGCAUAAGUUAGACUGGGAUCCAGCUGCUUUAGAAACCAAGUUCUUUAAAAAGCAUGAGGACUUAAUAAGUGGCCACAAUCAAUUUUGUAGUCAAUGUGAGUCAAAAUUGCCUCUUCCUGAAGAAAAACACAAUGAAGUUGAUCUUCACUCAUCAAGCCAUUUUGGAUCACUUGGUAAAAAGGAAAGUAAACAGUUUAUGCCAUUCACAUUACGUCCAUCCAUAUCACCAAAAUUAUUUUCUAAGAGAUGUGGUUAUUCACCCUCCUUGUCAGGGACAAGAACUGAAGCCAAUCUAGAUUUGCAAGAUGUGUUGGUUGCAGGUCAAACUGCUGAAAAUGCAGUAGCUGAAGCUCGCUCAGAGGCUAGUAAGCUUACCAAGAAAAAUAAUGCACAUGUGCCAGAUAGCAGCUUUGAGAACCCAUUCUAUGCAAGUGUUGCUAAUAAAUCUGAAACAGAAAGGGAACAUUUCACUGAACAAAAUGCUGCAGAUGACUGUGAUGGGGGUGCCAUAAAUGAUGUGGAACAUGAGAGUGCCUUCGCAUACUCUCAUUCAUCAAGUUUUCCUUCAUUUGAUACACUCAAGGAAGACUUUGGUUCUUCAUCCCUACACAAUCAUUCUGUACUGGAUGACAAAUCCUCUCAUUCCCAGCUUAAAAGAUUGCCUUCAGUAGAUGAUUACACGGGUUUCUCAUACCCCAACUUAUUCACCUCUCAAAACUCAAAUGUUGGAUCUCAUACAUUAAAAUAAUAAGCAUUCCAGUCAUGUUGUGCCAAGCAAUUUUACUACAACUACACAUUUUUCCUUUCAAGUCUUUCUCAUGGGUGGGUAUUAUA